AGAGUGAAACUGUUAAGUCUGAAGUUCACGGUGAAGCAGUCUGUGCUCCUCUUUCAGAGCAUUAGUUACAGCCAGUUUCAUCGAAACAAAAUGGGCGUCCUUUUUGGAUUAUACAUCCUGGGGAUUAUAUUUACAGCCGUUCUUCUACUUCUUUUGGUAUCUACCACAUAUCAUCCAUUUAAAAAUUAUAUAGGAAAAUGGAACGAAAUGAGACCAAUUCCAGGAAUGCCAGGCGCUUAUCCAAUCUUUGGCAAUGCACUGCAGUUUAAAGUCAAUGCAGGUGAUUUUUUCAACCAGAUUAUUGAGGGCACAAAUGAAAACCGACACCUUCCUCUAGCAAAGGUGUGGGUGGGUCCAGUCCCCUUUCUGAUCUUGUAUCAUGCAGAGAAUAUUGAGGUGGUCCUCAGUAAUUCCAGACACCUUGACAAGUCAUACCCAUAUAAGUUCCUGCACCCGUGGCUCGGCACAGGCCUGCUCACUAGCACAGGGGAGAAGUGGCGUAACCGGCGUAAAAUGCUGACUCCAACCUUCCACUUCUCUAUCCUCUCUGACUUCCUGGAAGUGAUGAAUGAACAAACAGACAUUUUGAUUCAGAAGAUGCAGAAGCAGGGAGAUGGAGAGCCGUUUAACUGCUUCAGCUACGUAACCUUGUGUGCUUUGGACAUCAUAUGUGAAACUGCAAUGGGAGAGAAGAUCUAUGCUCAGAGCAAUGCUGACUCUGAGUAUGUUCAAAGUGUCUAUAAAAUGAGUGACAUUAUCACCAAGAGACAGAGAGCACCAUGGCUGUGGCCAGACUGGAUCUACAACAUGUUGCAGGAAGGCAAAGAACAUUCCAGAAGAUUGAAGAUUCUCCACUCUUUCACUACAAGUGUCAUCAAGGAGAGAGCGAAGUUCAUGAGCUCUGAGCCUGAUAGUGAUUCUGACCAGGGGCAGAGGAAGAGACAGGCCUUCCUAGAUAUGUUGUUAAAAACUACUUAUGAGAACGGACAGCAUUUGAGUCAUGAGGACAUUCAGGAGGAAGUGGAUACCUUCAUGUUUGAGGGUCAUGAUACCACAGCAGCUUCAAUGAACUGGUCCUUACAUCUGAUUGGCUCCCAUCCUGAGGUCCAGAAGGCAUUGCAGGCAGAACUACAGGAAGUGUUUGGUUCGUCAGAGCGGCACGUGGGGGUGGAGGACCUGAAAAAGCUGCGCUACCUGGAGUGUGUUAUCAAGGAGAGUCUGCGGAUCUUCCCCUCCGUGCCUCUGUUUGCACGCAGCAUCUGCGAGGCCUGUCAAAUCAAUGGGUUCAAAGUUCCAAAAGGAGUGGAUGCUGUUAUCAUACCAUAUGCUCUUCACCGGGACCCGCGCUACUUCCCAGAACCUGAGGAAUUUCGACCGGAAAGGUUUCUGCCAGAGAACAGCAAAGGGAGGCAUCCAUAUGCAUACAUCCCUUUUUCUGCAGGGCCAAGAAACUGCAUCGGCCAGCGCUUCGCCAUGAUGGAGGAGAAGGUAGUUCUUGCUACGAUCUUGCGUUACUUUGACGUAGAGGCAUGUCAGAGCCGUGAGGAACUGCGGCCUCUGGGGGAACUCAUUUUGCGUCCCGAGAAGGGCAUUUGGAUCAAACUACAAAGAAGAACCAAAUAACUCUCACCACCAUUAAAACUUAAGGUUGCUUCAGUCCUCACAUCACAGACAGUUGUUGUGCUGCUAGCGUUGUUGUUCUGCUAGCUUUGAGGAGACUCAAACGCAAUGUGCUGUCAUUUUUGUAUUUUCUGUUAUUGAUUAUAUGGAUAAUUCUGUGGAAUGGA